AUGAAGCCCGAAACAAACAUCCAAGUGCAUGGCACCCAGAAGAAGAUGUGCCGAACAAGAAGAUGCCGGGUGGACCCAGACAAGGGCAUCGCUACUAGUGACAAGGACGUCACUGUUAGAAACAAGGGCAUCGCUGAUAGUAGCAAGAAGCUACUAGUAGCAAGGGCAUUACUACUAGCAGCAACAGUCCAUCCCGGACAGUCCGAGGGUCGAAGCUCUGAUUUUUGUCACACAGCGAAUCCCGUCACUCGAUCCAAGACAACGCACGAGUUGUUGCAAAUGGCACGAACGUUGGCUGUAGCAAGCAUUGGAAGAAACAGACCUUUGCAACCGAUUGAAGUGUUAUUGACAGAAGGAGCCCCGAGCCAGCAAUAUGGGGACAAAGGACAAGCUCAAUCGUCAGCGUUCCAGCAUGCAGAAUGA